AUGGUAGAUCCAGAAUAUAUAGAAGCAAAGCUAGGUGAUAUUGAUCCUUCCUCAGAAACAUCAAUUAAAAAGCCAUUGAAGCUAGCUAAAGGCAUCUUGGCUGUCCAAUUGUCCAGAAUAAAACUAGAUUCAGAAACAGCUACAAACUACGAGGAUGGAACCAAGUGGUGUGUUUUGCGGAUUGAUGACCAAAGAUAUGUUUCAAAUGAAAUAAAUCAGGAUUAUCAAGAAGAAACUUUUCCUUUUAUGAUCUUUGACUUAAAGAAAAAGCUUUCGGUCAAAAUUAAGAGUAAAAGAAUGAAAAUAACUACUUUAAUCACAACAGAACAAUUAUCUCUAUCUAUGUUUAAUUAUGAAAGUGGAAAUAAAGAGAUCAUUGAACUACAAAGAAUAAAUUCACGUAAUCCAGCUCUAUCGAUGACCUUACAUUGGCAGCCUUUGCCUACAAUCAAAUUACUAUUAAGCGAAUCAGAGUUAAUUCAACAUUUGAAUUAUCAAGAUGGCGAAUCUGGUGUCUUAUAUAUAUGUGUUCAUCGUGGUCAAAACUUAAUGUCAAUGGACUCAGAUGGAUAUAGCGAUCCAUAUUGUACAGUUUUUAUGAAAAAUCGAAAGAUCGGAAAUACCUCAACAGUACACGAUACAUUAAAUCCUGAAUGGGAAUACAGCCUUGAAGUACUCGUUCAAGAUUACUCAGAGACUAAAAUUCAAUUUAAAGUUCAUGAUUUCGAUGGGUUACUUAGUUCAGACGACUUUUUGGGGUCAUGCGAACUACAAUGUAAUAAUAAACUGCCGGUUUUAAUCGAAGAGAACCUACCGCUAUAUCGCAAAAGUGAAAAAUGUGGCUUUCUGGUUGUUUCAAUAAUAUUUCGAUCUUAUAAAGGAGUUGAUAAUCACGACCCAAAUCGAUCCAAUGAUGCGGAAGAAAAUAAGCAAUCAGUUAUUCGAAGAAAGGGUACAAAGGUCAGAAGAUAUUCUCACUUUCUAAUCGAUAGCUUUAAUCCACGACAGUCCUCAAUUCAAGGAUUUCAAACAGCAAUUCAAGUAACUGUUCACAGCGUUCGUGAUAUAUCGGACAAAGAUUCAAAGGGAGGAGGAUGCUACUGUGAAAUUAAGUCUGGCAUGCAUAGUAGCUUCAAGACUAAAACUAUGAAUAAAACUAAUCAGCCAACUUGGAACGAAAGCUUUGAAGUACCUAUAAGUGAAGGGGGAAUUUUAAAAAUCAGUGUUAUCGAGAAAGGAUUACUUAAAACUGUGGCUGGAUCAAUAAAAUUCAAUUUUGAAGAUAUUAUGAAGCAAGUGAAGGACAGUAAAGAGUUUGCGAAUGAUUCAAAAUUGCAACCAACACGAAAUUCCUCCUCAGCCCUUCUUGCAAUAGAUAGCGAAAUCAAAUAUCCACAGUCUCAAAUUAGGAAAAAUCGGCAAGUUGAUUUGAAGAAUUCAAGUAAAGAUGAAGAAAGUGAUGAAUUUAGGAAAUCUCCUAUAAAAUUGAUAUUAGAUAGUCAAUCAGAGACGCCUAGCGAUCAUUCAUCAACUUUCGACUUUAUUCCUGAUUUGGAUAUGCUUGAUUCUUUUGAGGAUAACGCUAUUGUAAGGAGUAAUAGUGAAACAAGAUCCCUGCUAAGUAACGGGACUAUUACAACAGAGCUAAGAGCCAAUUCUAUGGAUGGAAAAGCCGAAGAAAAUGAUUAUAAACUGCUUAGUAGCAAAUCAUUUCCGAAAUUAAGAGAGCCCAACACCCUGGAUGAUAUGCAACAGUCAUAUCCAUCCGAUCGUCGACAUACCGUUAAUGCCUUAGAUUCGCAUGUCGAUAUUUAUAUUGAAAAUGUAAAAGUUUGCAUUAAGGCAAAAUUGGACAUUUCCAGGCAUAGGCGACUACUGGUUAAUAAGAAAUCAUAUGAAUAUAAAACUAAAAAGUUACCUACCUGUUUUAACCCACAAUGGCGAGAAGAAGCCGACUUUAAAGGUGCCAUCAAUGCGAAUGCUGAUUCUAUACUACUGCUUAAAGUUUGUUAUUAUGAAAAAGGAGAAUACUCUAAAUAUGCUAUAGGUAGCCACAAGACCACAUUGGACAAAAUUUUUGAUAGAGGUCAUCAUUGCAAUAAGUGGCUUUCCUGCGGAAACGCAUCAGAUACUUCGUUUUCAAGGUUGAAAAAAAUGGCAUCUGGUUUUUCUGCGUUUCGUGCAUUGGCUUCUCGCCGAUUUAGCCAGGGUCUUGUAUCUGGACAAACUAAACAAGCUAUCCUAACAAAAAGAAAUUCUUUAGUACGUUAUAGCAGCUCGGAAGGCGCCGGUGCUAAAAGAGAUCUUGGUUUAGGUGGUAUAGUUGGAGUCUUCGCUUUCUUUAGUGUAUGCAUCCUUGGUAUUCCUCUAGUCGUUGGACUAGAUGUUGGUCAAAAGGCGAAGGAACGUGCUCUAAAAGCGGAAAAUGAAUAAAUAUCAUCUAUUUGACUGCUUCACUGUUAUAUGUACAGUAAUCUCAAUAUUCCUAUUUCGUAACGUUUUACAACUGUUUGCUAAACAAUGUCAGUAAUAGUGAUGGCAAUAUCAUAGUAUGACUCUGUACGCUGAUUAAAAAAUUGUCGGAGAACGAAACCAGCCAUUCUCCGCUAUCAUACUAUUGUACGUUAUUCCAGAUCACCAUGCAUUUGCCGGGUGUGCUUAAUUUGUUAACAAUUAUACAAGCUUGAAGUGCCCAUAAUUUUACUGCCUUUGUACCUUAAUUGUAGAAUCUUUCUGUGAUUUUCUCUAACGAAUAAAUGAUACAAUAUGCAGA